AUGACAGAAAUGCCCAUAAAUAAAAAACCCUCGAUAGUCCCGACGAUUGUCACAGAUUUGUCCAGUCUGGUGGGAUUUCUCAAGAAACCGACAACCGAUGUCACAGAAGAUCUCUCCUCAACAAGGACAGUCAGAAACUCCAGUACAGCACCGGCGCCAAGCUCCAGAAAAAAUAUCAGCAAGUUCCCGUAA